AUGAACGGCGAUAGCUAUUCCAGAGACGGUGGCCGAUCGAGCGGAUCGCGGAAUUAUUCGUCGAGAGAUGACCAUCGCGAUCGCGGCGACCGUGGCGACCGAGCCGACCGUGGUGGUGACAGGCGCCGACGCCGUUCCCGCUCUCCCCGCCACGGUGGAGGCUCCCGCCGUGACUAUGAGGUAGACACGUACUCUUCCAGCCGCGACUACCGUGAGCGCGAACGCGAAGAUACAUACGCCCGCCGCGAACGCCGCGACGACCGGGGCGAGCGUGGAGGAGAGCGUGGUGGCUGGGGCGAUUCCUACUCCCGACGCGACCGACCUCGAGGAGACCGCGACCGCGACGACGACCGUGGCCACCGAAGGGAACGUGGAGACCGCAACGAGAGGGCCGGCGACCGGUUUGGUGGCGACGACCGUAGAGGCGGACGGGGAGGACGCGAUGGAGGCUUCGGCGGCGGACGUGAUAGGAUGCGUCAGCAGAAAGAGGAGUCUCCGCCCUUCAACAAGCCGCGCGAGGCUACACCGGAUCUCGAAAGCUUCACCAACAUCCAGAAGCGCCAGCGUCGUAUGACACAAUGGGACAUCAAGCCUGCAGGCUACGAGAACAUCACGGCCGAGCAAGCUAAGCUGUCGGGCAUGUUCCCAUUGCCUGGAGCUCCUCGCGCCGCGCCCAUGGACCCGUCCAAACUGGCUGCCUUCAUCUCGCCCUCUUCCGGAACUGCCACAGCUGCCGCUCUCGCAACGUCAGCCGCCAAGCAGUCGAAGCGUCUCUACGUCCACAACCUGCCCUCGGGCUGCACUUCCCAGGAGAUCAUGGAGUUCUUCAACAACCAGCUCAAUGGGCUCAACGUCGUAUCUGGUAACGACCCUUGCCUGUCAGCUCACAUUGCUACCAGCAAGGAGUACGCUGCGCUCGAGUUCAGGGCACCCGAAGAUGCCACUCUCGCCUUGGCUAUGAAUGGUAUCUCCAUGCGCGACGAUGGAGGAGCACCUGACAGGUCGGGCCUAUCCAUCCGCCGCCCCAAGGACUACAUCACUCCUACCGCCGACGAGAACGCAUACCCGCCCGGUGAUGAGGUCUCAUCCGUUGUCAAGGACAGUCCCAACAAGCUGAGCAUUGUCAACAUCCCCACCUAUAUUGAGGAGGAGCAGAUUCGAGAGCUUGUAGAGACCAUGGGCAAACUGAAGGCCUUUACUCUGGUCAAGGACACCGGUACUGACCAGCACCGCGGUAUCGCUUUCUGCGAGUACGCGGACAACGGAGUCAUCGACGCCGUUAUUGAAGGUCUAAACGAUAUUCCUCUCGGCGAUGGCAACCUCAAGGUCUCACGCGCCACUGUCGGACUCCAGCAGACGACUGGUCUCGAUGGUGGAGUUGGUGCCAUCUCUAUGCUGGCAGGAGCUAGCGCUGCCGAGAACCAUGAGCACAGCCGUGUCAUAUGUCUGAUGAACAUGGUUACCUCGGACGAGCUACUCAAUGACGAGGAAUACGAAGAAAUCAAGGAAGACAUCGAAGAGGAGUGCGGCAAGUACGGACCCAUCGUUGAGACCAAGAUUCCUCGUCCUGCCGGCGCCCGUGUCAACCUCGGUGUUGGCAAGAUCUACAUCAAGUACAAGGAUACAGAGUCUGCGCAAAAGGCUAUCAAGGCACUGGCCGGCCGCCAGUUCUCAGGGAGAACGGUUGUUGCGACUGAGUUCUCUGAGGAGGGCUUUGACGUCGAUGCCUGGUAG